AUGGAGUUGGCCAAGUUGAUCAUGCAUACCCACAACUCCUUGUUUCCCACUCCGGAAGACACCGAAAUUAUCAGUUGCACGCAUUGUCAGAAGAUAUUUUCCUCCGCAGAUAAACUGCGGAAACACAUGUAUACCCACAACAAGCCAGUUAAAUGUCUUUACUGUGAUAAGUGUUUUUCACAGAAGUCCAAUAUGAUGUCUCACGUUAACAAUGUGCACGUCGCAGUAAGAGAAACUUUUAAGUGUGACUUUUGCGAUUAUACUGCCAAUUAUAAAACGUUAGUGAAAAGUCAUACAAUCAGAAUACACACAAAAGACUACGCUUACGAAUGCGAAACUUGUGGCAAAAAAUGUCUAACGAAAAGUGAUCUUAAAAAUCAUGAAAAAAUUUAUCACCAAGGCCUAGCUCAUGUUUGUAAAACUUGCGGAAAAGUUUUUAGGAAUAAGGAGUCUUUCAAAGCUCAUUGCAAAACACACGAUCCUGAUUAUAUCAAGCAGGUUUUUACCUGCGAAAUCUGCUCUACUAUUUUACAUAAUAAGUAUACAUAUAAGAAACAUAUGAAAAGACACCGUGGACAAGCUAAUAGUUAUGUUUGUGAUGUAUGUGGAAAAGUUGUAAAUUCUUUACCUAGUUUGAACCAACACAAGAAGACACAUACAGGGGAGAAAAAAUUUGUGUGUGUAAUAUGUGGGAAAGAUUUUGCUGCAAAUCAGACUUUGAUUGUGCACACCAGGGUCCACACGAAGGAGCGACCGUUUCAGUGCCUGAUAUGUAAUAAACGAUUCACUCAGAAAUCUUCUCUCACUAUUCAUAUGCGGUACCAUACUGGGGAGAGACCAUUCGAGUGCACAUUGUGUUCGAAGAAAUUUGUAACUAAAACGUUGACAUUGUCGGAAAAUAGAAGUUUUGCAUGUACACAUUGUUCUAAGACAUAUCCAUCUAAAGCUAAAUUGCGAAAACAUAUGUACCGUCAUAGAGAAAAAACUAUAGAGUGCCCCCAGUGCAGUAAACAUUUUAUAAGCCAGUGGGAAGUAAAAACUCAUAUUAACAACGUGCACACACAGGCAAGAGAAAUAUUGAAGUGUGAGAUAUGUGAUUUCACUUGCACAAAUACAUGUACUUUAAAAUAUCACGUGGUUAGUGUGCAUACAAAAGAUUUUCUGUACAAAUGCCAAAGCUGUGACAAGGGUUACAUGAGUAGGGGCGCACGUGAUACCCAUGAAAAGAUCCAACAUCAUGGGGUACGUCACAUUUGCCAGCAUUGUGGAAAAGUUUUUUUGAACGAACCAACCUUUAUAAAACACUGCAAAAGUCACGAUCCCGACCACAUCAAGAAGGUUUUUACUUGCAAAGUGUGUACUCUGGUGCUUCGUUCGUCUUGUGGCUACCGUCGACAUAUGAAGCGACACAAUGGACCAAUGCCAAGUUAUAUUUGUGAUGUCUGUGGAAAAACGGUGAACACGUUACAAAGUUUGAAGUUUCACAAAAAGACGCACACAGGGGAGAAGAAUUAUUUGUGUGGUACUUGCGGCAAAGAUUUUAUUAGAAAACAGGCUCUGGUUAUGCAUACGAGAGUUCAUACGAAGGAACGACCGUUUCCAUGUUUGAUUUGUAGUAAACGAUUCACGCAGAAAAGUUCGCUUAAUAUACACAUGAGAUAUCACACUGGUGAAAGACCUUAUGGGUUGACAGUGUCGGAAAAUAGAGGAUUUGAAUGUAUACGAUGUUGUAAGACAUUUUCAUCUAAACCUAAUUUGCGACAACAUUUGAAGCGUCAUAGGGAAAAAACUUUAAAGUGCCCCCAGUGCAACAAACAUUUUAUAUUUAACAGCGAAUUAAAAAGUCAUAUUAGGAGCUUGCACACAGAGUCAAGAGAAAUAUUCAAGUGUGAGAUAUGUGAUUUCACUUGCCAAACUAAAAGGACUUUAAUAAAUCACGUGGCUAGAGUCCAUACAAAGAACUUUCUGUACAAAUGCCAAAGUUGUGACAAGGGUUACAUGAGUAGGGACGCACUUGAUUCCCACGAAAAAAUUCAACAUCAAGGCGAACGUUACAUUUGCAAACAUUGUGGAAAAGUUUAUUUGAACAAACAAUGUUUUACAAAACACUGCAACAGUCACGAUUCCAACCACAUCGAGAAAGUUUUUACUUGCCAAAUGUGUUCUGUUGUGUUUCGCUCGUAUGCUGGAUACUCUCGCCAUAUGAAGGGACACAAUGGUCAGUUGCCAAGUUAUGUUUGUGAUGUCUGUGGAAAAAGGGUACUCACACCAGCAGGUUUGCGUUAUCACAAACAAACGCACACAGGAGAGAGGAAUUUUUUGUGUGGUACUUGCGGCAAGGGUUUUAUCUAUAGACAGGAACUGGAUGUUCAUACGAGGGUUCAUACGAAGGAACGACCAUUUCAGUGUUUGAUGUGUAGUAAACGAUUCACGCAGAAAAGUUCGCUUAAUAUACACAUGAGAUAUCACACUGGCGACCGACCAUAUGGGUGCGAGUUGUGUUCGAAGAAAUUUAUCACUAAUACUUUGUUGAAAGAUCAUAAAUGUAAAGCUAAGGGUUAA